AUGGCGGUUGAAAACAAUUUCGUUAGUGAAAUUAACAGGAAGUCAAAGAAUUGGAAGUUAAAGGUUCGUAUUGUUAGGCUUUGGAAAAAUCCGGAUCGCGAUAGGCCUGACAACUCAUUUUCAAUUGAAAUUGUUCUGAUGGAUGGAAGGGGUGACUGCAUUCACGCAAGUAUUGGCAGGUCUUUUAUCCAAAGGUUCAAACAAAAAAUUAAGGAAAUGAGUUUGUACAUCAUGAAGAAUUUUGUGGUUUGUCCAAAUAAUAUGAAGCUGAAGACCAAAGACCACAAGUUUAAGUUGAUGUUCACGCAUAAGACCAUUGUUCUGAUGGAUGAAAAGGAUCCAGAUUUCAAUAAUAACAAAGUCAGUCAUGAAGAUAACGAAAUCAUGGAUUCCGCUGAAGAUCAUGGGUUGAUCGAUAUUGCAAAUACACAUGCCAAGAUAGCAAAGAAUAAAUUGCAAAUAUUGAGUGAUCAAAAUGAUGAUGGUAUUUGUAUAUCUAUGGUAGAAACUCAAGGCUAUGGUUGUGAAGAACAUAAGGUGACAACAGAAGAUGGUUAUAUUCUCAGUUUACAAAGGAUUCCUAAGGGAAUAUCAGGAAAGGCAGCAACUAAGCCACCUGUUCUUCUACAACAUGGACUAUUGAUGGAUGGAAUUACAUGGCUGUUAAAUCCUCCAGAUCAAUCUCUAGCUUUUAUUUUAGCAGAUGAAGGUUAUGAUGUUUGGAUUGCAAAUACAAGAGGAACUAAAUAUAGCCAAGGGCAUACUUCACUUAGUCCUCAAGAUCCAGAAUAUUGGGAAUGGUCAUGGGAUGAAUUGGUGGAUUUUGAUUUACCUGCUACACUAAAAUAUGUUCAUGAUCAAACUGGCCAAAAGCUACACUAUGUUGGCCAUUCUCUGGGGACACUAAUUGCAUUGGCUGCAAUUUCACAAAAUAAGUUAAUAGACAUGUUGAGAUCAGCAGCUUUAUUAAGUCCUAUUGCUUAUUUGGGACAGCUGAGAUCUCCUCUUGCCAAAAGUGCUUCUAAAGAUUUUAUAGCUGAAGGUUUGUAUUGGUUGGGAAUACAUGAAUUUGAUCCAAGAGGAGAUGCUGUUGUCAAAUUAUUGCAAAAAAUCUGUCAAGAUCCAGGCAACAAUUGCAGUGACUUAAUGACUUCUUUCACUGGUCCAAAUUGCUGUGUAAACUCUUCAAGAACUGAUAUUUUUCUUGAGCAUGAACCACAGGCAACAGCAACAAAAAACAUGAUCCACAUUGCCCAAAUGACAAGAAAAGGGACCAUAGAAAAAUAUGACUUUGGAAGUGAAGAAGAAAACAACAAACACUAUGGUCAGCCAAAUCCACCUGAAUAUAUAAUGGCAAAUAUCCCAAAUAAUAUCCCUCUUUUCUUUGGCUAUGGAGGGGCAGAUUAUCUUUCUGAUGUCAAUGAUGUGAAAACUUUGCUAAAUAAAUUGCAAGGUCAUAAUCCAGACAAACUUGUGCUGCAAUACAGAGAAGAUUAUGCACAUGCUGACUUUGUUUUUGGUAUUAAUACUAAACAAGUUGUAUAUGAUCCUCUAAUGGCCUUUUUCAAGCUUAAUUGA